GUUUCUAACACUCUAAGUGAGCACCUCGGAAUCUCCACUAAAUUUUUUUCGUUUAUUUCGGACUAUUUUUUUUGUAUUCCGAUUUGUAAGAAAUUGUCGCGAGAUAACUUAGUAAAUUUCGGUUUCAGUUUUUUUUUUCACCAAAACAUUACUGUGAGAGAUCAUCGAGAUGGUAAACCGACUGACGCAGCAACUGGUGGAGGCCAAGUCCAAGUGCUCAGACUACCGCAAGGUCGUGAAGUUGAAUGCCUGGGGCGGCGAGCUGGUGGACAUUACCAUCUGUCUCCGCAUGCCGCUCUUGGAGGUCCUUGCACUGAGUGUUAACAAGAUCAAUACCCUGAGUAGUCUGCAGAAUUGCCACAAGUUGAAGGAGCUGUAUCUGCGCAAGAACGAGAUUCCGAGCUUCGAGGAGCUUAAUUAUUUGUCCAAUGCUCGUUCUUUGACUUCCCUGUGGUUGGAUGACAAUCCAUGCGCCCUGGCCGCCGGCUCCAAUUAUCGUGCCUGUGUGCUCCGCAAGUUGCCGAAUCUAAAGACGCUGGACAACGUGGAUGUCAGCGAGCAGGAACGCCAGGCCGCCUUGAACCAAGAGUACUACCCGGCUCCAAAGAGUGCCAUCAGUUCGCCGGCUAAUGAGGUGGGAGCCGGUAAGGCGGGCUCGGGCUCUGGCUCGCCAUCCAGCUCCGGCUCCACUGCCUGUCGCGAGCGUAUCGAACGGGAGAUGGAACUGGAGCGCCAGGAUGUGGAGCGCCGCAGGGAGCACCAGCGGGAACAGCAGGAGCAGCGCCAGCAGCGCCAGCAGUUGCAGGAGUUGGCCAAACCAAAUCGCAGUGCCGGCGGAGAUGCUGCCGAAUUGGAGGGAGGAGCCCGUCUUUCGAGGAUGCCAUCGGUGCCACGUCCAAGUGCCGCAAGUGAUAACAUGCGCAUGGCGCCCAACUUUCAGCAGGAUCAUCAGGGUCACCUGGGACAUCAGGGACACUUGGGCCACCAGGGACGGCUGACUUCGCAGGCUGCUGGCCAGGGCUACCGGACGAACUCCAACUCUGCCCAUGGCCGUAUGGAUCCCAUGGAUGCCAGGCGCCGUGAUCUCGUCGAUAAUAUGGCCAAUGGAGGUGGGGUGGCCAGUGUAUCGCCACAGUCGCCGGUGGCCUCGAGCUCCUAUUAUGUCGGAAAUGUCGGAAAUGCCGGGAACGCCGAGGAGCGACGCUACCGCCAGAAUGGCAAUCUGCUCUCGGCCACCCUGUGCCUCAUCCGCGAGAUGGACGCCCCCACUCUGGAGGCCCUCAGCCGUGCCAUUCGUGAUCAAGUGACCAGCCAGACGAUGAACUACUAACUUUGCUCAUCGCUGGCUGUUAGUUCGUUUACAUUUUGAAUAUUUUCCAAAUUCGUUCGGUGUUUAGAAGUCGACGCACCUUCAUUUCGGCUCAUACGGAACCAUUGGACUUUUCCUAUAGGGUGAGACGCACAAGGAACGACGUCCCCCUGAUAGCCUAAAUACCAAGAGAGAUUCCUAUAAGACGUGCGACUUUUUUUUGGACCUCUAGUACGAGUUUGUACGAUUUAAUAAUGAUAAUAAAAGACUGUCAUCUUAAA